AUGGGACCUAUUGGAUUGGCAAAAGUUCAAAACCAAGUGAAGAUGGGAUCGGCCAGGAGAGAGAAACCAAGAGGUAUAGGACCCACUGGAUUGGCAAAAGUUCAAAACCAAGUGAAGAUGGGAUCGGCCAGGAGAGAGAAACCAAGAGGUAUGGGACCCACCGGAUUGGCAAAAGCUCAAAACCAACUGGGGCUGGGAUCGGCUAGCAAAGAGAAAGCAAUGAUCAUGGGGCCCACCAGAUUGGCAAAGUUACAGAAAUCCAAAAUAAAGAAAAGGAUUCACUUGUGCAUGGGAUUGGCUGUCCGCAUUUGGAUGCUCCACAUGGGGAUAACAGUCCACAGUUGA